GCCUCGGCUGGGUUGAGCUUCACGUGACGGACGUCCUCCGUGACCCCGACGGGAUUGUGGAGGCCGUAGGCCAAGUCCUCACGCAACUGCAGUCCAUCAGUGCUGAGGACUUCGAGGCGCAGUGGCCAGAAGUGCUGCGCUCCAUGCAUGAAGCCGGCGCCUCAGCGCAGGACUGGCGGGAGGCGCUGAUGUGCCGCCCCCACGAGGCGAGGCUCGCCAUCACAGCCGCGCAGGCAACCAGGGCGGAGGACAGGAAGUUCAUGAUAACGUGCGGACGUGACCUGGAGGCGGUUGCCCUUGUGCUGCCGCACGCUUGGGACGUGAUGGUGGAGGUGCAGGCGUCACCGGAAGUUCUGAGGACACCCGCGUGGCAGCAGAUUACCCAGCACCACGGCGGGGACUUGGAGCUCCGUCUUCCAGUCCUGGUCUCAGAGUUCCUGCCCUGCGAUGACCUCCUUCAGCAGCUGGUGGGCAGCAGGUGCAGAGUUACGCUUUUCCAUGGUGGCAUCAGGACGGCUGCAGGCGUCGCGGCUCUGGCAGCCGUCGCAGCCUCAGCAGGGCUGGACAUCCGCCUCGAGACUCCGCUGGACCUCAGCGCCCUGCGGGGCAAAUAUUAUUACCUCGACGUUUAUCCGCUAGUGACUGACACUGCCGUGUCAGCGGUGCCACUACCAGACACGCCUCCGCCCCGGCUAACGGUGUUGGGAUGGACGGCUGGGUGCUGGGAGGCUGUGGCCCAGACGGUGCAGGCUUAUGCACCCAGCAGCAAGAGGUACGAGGCCAUUAAACUGAGUAGACGAGAGCUGAGCCCGGACGAGGUUCGGCGGCUGCUAGCGCUGCUACACGAGGCGGGGAUCAGGACCAGCGACGCGGGCGCCACGCGCAGCGACAUCGACGGUUUGGGCUGGCGCCGCCUUCGGAUUUGCGACGACCUGUGACUUCCUGUCUGUGACGUGGACCCAGCGAACGAGAAGUGGCGCCAUUUCUGGAGUUCCUGCAUUGCUGGAACCCAUAACGCGGACUGACCGUCAUAUCCUGCUGUAUCUGUGGGUUGUUUGUGCAUGCCAGCUGUCCUGUGACGUUGAAAGCAGUUAGUCAUCGUAAUUUAGCUGAUAUUUUCGCUUGAGGGCUCCAUGCUUUCCACGUCGGUGACCAUGUUUGAUAAUUCCACUUCUGGUGCUGCAUUUCCGAGUUGUCUUGAUUAUUUAGGAUUGUUUUAAUAUGUCUAAAUUAGUUAAGAGUUCCACGUUUGUUUCCAGGCUGGAAGGCCUCGUAAUCUUUAUUGCUCGCCUGCCAAGCCAUGCCAACGGCUAAGCGUGGCACGCCCGUAUCCAUGUUUGCUGCGCUUAGGCGGCCUCGUUAUUGAUUUUACCUUCACUGCAAUGAGUUAUUCGCCUGAUUUGCCUGUUAUAUAAUAUUAAUACAUUAACAGUGCAGCAAUGCAGAAGGGCAGUGAUGCACCAGCGGCGAGUGCUCGCUAUUGCUUUCAUGAAUUAUUCACUUAUUUUGUUUGUGACCUAUUGAUUAUUGUUAUGAUUAUUUUAUUCGUUUUUCAAUUCGCUUAAUUGCUCUUCCUUUGU